UCCCCGAGGGGGAGAUGGACAUUUCCGCCCCCAAGGUGGACGUGGGCGUCCCCAGCGUGGAGGUGGAGGGGCCGGAGGUCAAAGGGAAGGGUCUCAAGUUCAAAAUGCCCGAACUCAAUGUUCAGACCCCAAAGCUCUCCAUGCCAGACGUGGACCUGGGCUUGAAGGCCCCGAAACUGAAAGGGGACGCUGGAAUUUCCGGGCUGAAGGGCCCCAAAAUCGAGGUGGAAGGCCCCAAAAUUGAGGUGAAAGGCCCCAGAGUGGAUGUGGAAGGUGCCAAGAUGGAUGUGGAAGGUCCCAAGUUGGAUGUUGACGUGCCUGAGGUGGACUUGGAAUGUCCGGAAGGGAAGAUGAAAGGCCCCAAGUUCAAGAUGCCGAAACUCAACGUUAAAUCCCCCAAAAUCUCGAUGCCGGACAUGGAUCUGAACCUGAAGGGACCCAAAGUGAAGGGAGAUGUGGACGUGUCCCUGCCCAAGGUGGAAGGCGACCUCAAGGGGCCAAAGGUGGACGUGGAGGUCCCGGACGUCCACCUGGAGGGUCCAGAGGCCAAACUGAAAAUGCCCAAAAUGAAAUUGCCGCAUUUCAACGUGUCCGGCCCCAAGCUGGAGGGGGCCGAGGUGGACGUGACCCUGCCCAGAGGAGAGGUGGACAUCUCCGGGCCUCAGGUGGACAUUGAGGGUCCGGAGGUGGACGUCGGAGGGGCGGAAGGGAAGUGGAAAGGUCCCAAGUUCCGGAUGCCGAAGCUGAACAUCAAAUCCCCCAAAAUCUCGAUGCCGGACGUGGAUUUGAACCUGAAGGGACCCAAAGUGAAGGGAGAGUUGGAUGUGUCCCUGCCCAAGGUGGAAGGGGAACUGAAAGCUCCAGAAAUGGACAUUAAAGGGCCAAAGGUGGGCGUUGAGGUGCCCAGCGUGGAUUUGGAGUGUCCCGAGGGGAAGAUCAAAGGCCCCAAGUUCAAGAUGCCCGAGAUGCACAUCAAGACCCAGAAGAUCUCCAUGCCCGACGUGGACAUCAACCUGAAGGGCCCCAAAGUCAAGGGCGAUGUCGAUGUCUCUGUCCCCAAACUGGAGGGAGACCUGAAGGCUCCUGAACUGGACAUCAAGGGCCCCAAAGUGGACAUUGAGGCGCCUGACGUCGACAUCCACGGCCCCGAGGGAAAAUUCAAGAUGCCCAAAUUCAAGAUGCCCAAGUUUGGGAUGAAGGGAGAAGGCCCCGAGGUGGACGUGAACCUCCCAAAGGCAGACCUGGACGUGUCCGGCCCCAAGGUGGACGUUGAGAUGCCGAGUUUGGACAUUGAGGGCCCCGAGGGGAAGAUCAAAGGCCCCAAGUUCAAGAUGCCCGAGAUGCAUUUUAAGACACCCAAGAUCUCCAUGCCCGACAUUGACCUGAACCUGAAGGGCCCCAAAGUGAAAGGAGACAUCGAUGUCUCUGUCCCCAAGCUGGAGGGAGACCUGAAAGGUCCCGAAAUUGACAUCAAGGGCCCCAAAGUGGACAUUGAGGCUCCCGAUGUCGACAUCCAUGGCCCCGAGGGAAAAUUCAAGAUGCCCAAAUUCAAGAUGCCCAAAUUUGGUCUGCCUGGGGUCAAGGCAGAAGGCCCUGAGGUGGACAUUGAAGGUCCAGAGGUGGACGUGGAGCUGCCAGAGGGGAAGGUGAAAGGCCCCAAGUUCAAGAUGCCUGAGAUGCACAUCAAGACCCAGAAGAUCUCCAUGCCCGAUGUGGACAUCAACCUCAAGGGCCCCAAGGUCAAGGGUGAUGUGGACGUGUCCCUUCCGAAGAUCGAAGGGGAUCUGAAGGCUCCUGAACUGGACAUCAAGGGCCCCAAAGUGGACAUUGAGGCGCCCGACGUCGACAUCCACGGCCCCGAGGGAAAAUUCAAGAUGCCCAAGUUCAAGAUGCCCAAAUUUGGGAUGCCUGGCUUCAAGGCAGAAGGCCCCGAGGUGGACGUGAACCUCCCAAAGGCAGACCUGGACGUGUCCGGCCCCAAGGUGGACGUUGAAGGUCCAGAGGUGGACGUGGAGCUGCCAGAGGGGAAGAUCAAAGGCCCCAAGUUCAAGAUGCCUGAGAUGCACAUCAAGGCCCCCAAGAUCUCCAUGCCCGACGUUGACUUCAACCUCAAAGGCCCCAAGGUCAAGGGUGAUGUGGACGUGUCCCUUCCUAAGAUCGAAGGGGACCUGAAGGCUCCUGAACUGGACAUCAAGGGCCCCAAAGUGGACAUUGAGGCGCCCGACGUCGACAUCCAUGGCCCCGAGGGAAAAUUCAAGAUGCCCAAAUUCAAGAUGCCCAAAUUUGGUUUGAAGGGAGAAGGCCCCGAGGUGGACGUGGACCUCCCAAAGGCAGACCUGGACGUGUCCGGCCCCAAGGUGGACGUUGAGAUGCCGAGUGUGGACAUUGAGGGCCCCGAGGGGAAGAUCAAAGGCCCCAAGUUCAAGAUGCCCGAGAUGAACAUCAAGGCACCCAAGAUCUCCAUGCCCGACAUUGACCUGAACCUGAAGGGCCCCAAAGUGAAGGGGGACGUCGAUGUCUCUGUCCCCAAGCUGGAGGGUGACCUGAAAGGUCCGGAGGUGAACAUUAAAGGUCCGAAGGUGGAUGUGGACGUUCCUGAGGUGGAUGUAGAGGGGAAGUGGAAGGGACCCAAGAUCAAGAUGCCCGAGAUGAACAUCAAGGCACCGAAAUUUUCUCUGCCUGAUGUCGACCUGAACCUGAAAGGUCCCAAAGUGAAGGGAGAGGUGGGUGUGUCUGCCCCAAAAAUAGAAGGUGAUGUGAAAGUGCCGGAACUGGAGUUGAAAGGACCCAAAGUGGAUGUGGAUGUCCCCGACAUCGAACUGGAGUGUCCAGAAGGGAAGAUCAAAGGCCCCAAGUUCAAGAUGCCCGAGAUGCACAUCAAGGCCCCCAAGAUCUCCAUGCCUGACUUCGAUCUCAACCUGAAGGGCCCCAAAGUGAAGGGAGAUGUGGACGUCUCCAUCCCGAAAAUCGAGGGAGAUCUGAAGGCCCCAGACAUCGACAUCAAAGGCCCCAAAGUCGAUGUUGACCUCCCUGACAUCGACCUGGAGUGUCCUGAAGCGAAGCUGAAGGGCCCCAAGUUCAAGAUGCCUGAGAUGCACUUCAAAACCCCCAAGAUCUCCAUGCCCGACAUUGACCUGAACCUGAGAGGCCCAAAACUGAAGGGGGACGUUGACGUUUCUGUCCCCAAGAUGGAAGGUGACCUGAAGGGCCCAGACCUGGACAUCAAAGGCCCCAAAGUGGACAUCGAGGCUCCUGACGUGGACAUCGAUCUCCCAGAGGGGAAGGUGAAGGGCCCCAAGUUCAAGAUGCCCGAGAUGCACAUCAAGGCCCCCAAGAUCUCCAUGCCCGACUUUGAUUUGAAUCUGAAGGGCCCCAAGGUCAAGGGGGACGUUGACGUUUCCCUGCCCAAGCUUGAAGGGGACCUGAAGGGGCCGGAAGUGUCACUGAAAGGUCCCAAAGUGGACGUAGAGGUUCCCGACGUGGAGCUGGAGUGUCCAGAAGGGAAGAUCAAAGGCCCCAAGUUCAAGAUGCCCGAGAUGCACAUCAAGGCCCCCAAGAUCUCCAUGCCUGACUUUGAUUUGAAUCUGAAGGGCCCCAAGGUCAAGGGGGACGUCGACGUCUCUGUCCCCAAGCUGGAGGGUGACCUGAAGGGCCCUGAACUGGACAUCAAAGGCCCCAGAGUCAAUGUGGACCUCCCCGACGUGGAGCUGGAGUGCCCUGAGGGGAAACUGAAGGGCCCCAAGUUCAAGAUGCCCGAGAUGCACAUCAAGGCCCCCAAGAUCUCCAUGCCCGACAUCGACUUGAACCUGAAAGGCCCCAAACUGAAGGGGGACGUCGAUGUCUCUGUCCCCAAGCUGGAGGGAGACCUGAAAGGUCCUGAAAUUGACAUCAAGGGCCCCAAAGUGGAUGUGGACCUUCCCGACGUGGAGCUGGGAGGGCCCGAGGGGAAGAUCAAAGGCCCCAAGUUCAAGAUGCCCGAGAUGCACAUCAAGGCCCCCAAGAUCUCCAUGCCCGACGUUGACUUCAACCUCAAAGGCCCCAAGGUCAAGGGUGAUGUGGACAUGUCCCUUCCGAAGAUCGAAGGUGAUCUGAAGGCUCCUGAACUGGACAUCAAAGGCCCCAAAGUGGACAUUGAGGCGCCCGACGUCGACAUCCAUGGCCCCGAGGGAAAAUUCAAGAUGCCCAAAUUCAAGAUGCCCAAAUUUGGUUUGAAGGGAGAAGGCCCCGAGGUGGACGUGAACCUCCCAAAGGCAGACCUGGACGUGUCCGGCCCCAAGGUGGACGUUGAGAUGCCGAGUGUGGACAUUGAGGGCCCCGAGGGGAAGAUCAAAGGCCCCAAGUUCAAGAUGCCCGAGAUGCAUUUUAAAACACCCAAGAUCUCCAUGCCCGACAUUGACCUGAACCUGAAGGGCCCCAAACUGAAGGGGGACGUCGAUGUCUCUGUUCCAAAGCUGGAGGGUGACCUGAAAGGUCCCGAAAUUGACAUCAAGGGCCCCAAAGUGGAUGUGGAUCUCCCCAACGUGGAGCUGCCCGAGGGGAAGAUCAAAGGCCCCAAGUUCAAGAUGCCCGAGAUGCACAUCAAGGCCCCCAAGAUCUCCAUGCCUGACGUCGACUUCAACCUCAAGGGCCCCAAGGUCAAGGGUGAUGUGGACGUGUCCCUUCCAAAGAUCGAAGGUGACCUGAAGGCUCCUGAACUGGACAUCAAGGGCCCCAAAGUGGACAUUGAGGCGCCCGACGUCGACAUCCACGGCCCAGAAGGGAAAAUAAAGUUCCCCAAGUUCAAGAUGCCCAAAUUUGGUCUGCCCGGGGUCAAGGCAGAAGGCCCUGAGGUGGACGUGAACCUCCCGACAGGAAACCUGGACGUGUCCGGCCCCAAGGUGGACAUUGAAGUUCCAGAGGUGGACGUGGAGCUGCCAGAGGGGAAGAUCAAAGGCCCCAAGUUCAAGAUGCCCGAGAUGCACAUCAAGGCACCCAAGAUCUCCAUGCCUGAUGUUGACUUCAACCUCAAGGGCCCCAAGGUCAAGGGGGACAUCGAUGUCUCUGUUCCAAAGCUGGAGGGAGAUCUGAAGGCCCCAGACAUCGACAUCAAAGGCCCCAAAGUCAACGUUGACCUCCCUGACGUGGAGCUGGAAGGGCCUGAGGGGAAGAUCAAAGGCCCCAAGUUCAAGAUGCCCGAGAUGCAUUUUAAGACACCCAAGAUCUCCAUGCCUGAUAUUGACCUGAACCUGAAGGGCCCCAAAGUGAAAGGAGACGUCGAUGUCUCUGUUCCAAAGCUGGAGGGAGACCUGAAAGGUCCCGAAAUUGACAUCAAGGGCCCCAAAGUGGAUGUGGACAUUCCUGACGUGGAGCUGCCCGAGGGGAAGAUCAAAGGCCCCAAGUUCAAGAUGCCCGAGAUGCACAUCAAGGCCCCCAAAUUCUCCAUGCCUGAUGUCGACUUCAGCCUUAAGGGCCCCAAAGUGAAGGGGGACGUCGAUGUCUCUGUCCCCAAACUGGAGGGUGACCUGAAGGGCCCCGACAUUGACAUCAAGGGCCCCAAAGUGGACAUUGAAGCACCUGAUGUCGACAUCCACGGCCCAGAAGGGAAAAUAAAGUUCCCCAAGUUCAAGAUGCCCAAAUUUGGGGUCCCUGGCUUCAAAGCAGAGGCGCCAGAGGUGGAUGUGAACCUCCCGACAGGAAACCUGGACGUGUCCGGCCCCAAGGUGGACAUUGAAGGUCCAGAGGUGGACGUGGAGCUGCCAGAGGGGAAGAUCAAAGGCCCCAAGUUCAAGAUGCCCGAGAUGCACAUCAAGGCACCCAAGAUCUCCAUGCCUGAUGUUGACUUCAACCUCAAGGGCCCCAAAUUGAAGGGGGACGUCGAUGUGUCCCUUCCAAAGCUCGAGGGUGACCUGAAAGGCCCCGAUAUUGACAUCAAGGGCCCCAAAGUGGAUGUGGAUCUCCCCGACGUGGAGCUGGAAGGACCCGAGGGGAAGAUCAAAGGCCCCAAGUUCAAGAUGCCCGAGAUGCACAUCAAGGCCCCCAAGAUCUCCAUGCCCGACAUUGACUUCAGCCUGAAGGGGCCCAAAGUGAAGGGAGACGUCGAUGUUUCUGUCCCCAAGCUGGAGGGUGACUUGAAGGCUCCUGAACUGGACAUCAAGGGCCCCAAAGUGGACAUUGAGGUGCCCGACGUCGACAUCCAUGGCCCGGAAGGGAAAAUUAAAAUGCCCAAGUUCAAGAUGCCCAAAUUCGGAUUUUCUGGGCCAAAAGUGGAAGGCCCCGAGGUGGAUGUGAACCUCCCGGAGGCCGAGGUCAAUGUUUCGGGUCCCAAGGUCGAUGUUUCUGUCCCUGACCUGGACGUUGAAGGUCCAGAAGGGAAACUGAAGGGCCCCAAGUUGAAGAAGCCAGAGCUGCAGUUCAACGUCCCCAAGAUCUCCAUGCCCGACAUCGACCUGAACCUGAAAGGCCCCAGACUGAAAGGUGACAUCGAUGCUUCUCUGCCCAAGGUCGAGGGCGAGCUGAAAGGCCCCAAACUGGACAUCAAAGGGCCGGAGCUGGAGCUGGAGGGGCCGAAGGUUGACCUUGAAGGCAAAGCAAAAAAAUCCAGGUUCAAACUUCCCAAGUUUGGCUUUUCUGGCCCAAAAGUUCAAAGCCCCGAGGUGGAUGUGAAGCUUAAAAAACCGGAGGUGGAACUGUCCGGCCCGAAAGUCGAGGUCCAGGCUCCAGAUUUGGAUGUCCAGGGAAAAUCCAAAGGCUCCAAAUUCAAAAUGCCUUUUCUGAACAUUUCUUCACCCAAAGUCUCGAUGCCGGAUGUGGAGCUGAACCUGAAGGGGCACAAAAUGAAAGGGGAGUUCGACCUGCCCACCCCCAAACUGGAAGGCGAGCUGAAAGGUCCUGAGGUGGACAUCAAGAGCCCCAAGGUCAACAUCGAGGGCCCCGACCUGGACGUUCACGGCCCGGAGGGGAAAAUCAAAAUGCCCAAGUUAAAAAUGCCCAAAUUUGGUGUUCCUGGGUUUAAAGGGGAGGGGCCAGAGGUGGACGUGAACCUGCCGACAGGAGAGCUGGACGUGUCCGGCCCCAAGGUGGACAUUGAAGGUCCAGAGGUGGACAUUGAGGGCCCCGAGGGGAAGAUCAAAGGCCCCAAGUUCAAGAUGCCUGAGGUGAACAUCAAGGCCCCCAAGAUCUCCAUGCCCGACAUUGACCUGAACCUGAAGGGCCCCAAAGUGAAGGGGGACGUGGACGUGGACCUGAAAGGACCCAAGGUGGACGUGGACGUUCCUGACAUCGACGUCGAAGGUCCCAAAGGGAAGAUCAAGGGCCCCAAAUUUAAAAUGCCCGAGAUGAACAUCAAAGCUCCCAACCUCUCCAUGCCGGACCUGGACCUCAGCCUGAAGGGUCCCAAGGUCAAGGGAGGGGUGGACGUCGAUCUAUCCACACCAAAACUCGAAGGGGACUUGAGCUUGCCGGACGUGGACAUCAAAGGCCCCAAGGUGGACAUCGAGGCUCCUGACGUGGACAUCGAUCUCCCAGAGGGGAAGGUGAAGGGCCCCAAGUUCAAGAUGCCCGAGAUGCACAUCAAGGCCCCCAAGAUCUCCAUGCCCGAUGUUGACUUCAACCUCAAAGGCCCCAAGGUCAAGGGUGAUGUGGACGUGUCCCUGCCUAAGAUCGAAGGUGACCUGAAGGCUCCUGAACUGGACAUCAAGGGCCCCAAAGUGGACAUUGAGGCGCCCGACGUCGACAUCCACGGCCCCGAGGGAAAAUUCAAGAUGCCCAAAUUCAAGAUGCCCAAGUUUGGUUUGAAGGGAGAAGGCCCCGAGGUGGACGUGAACCUCCCAAAGGCAGACCUGGACGUGUCCGGCCCCAAGGUGGACAUUGAAGGUCCAGAGGUGGACGUGGAGCUGCCAGAGGGGAAGAUCAAAGGCCCCAAGUUCAAGAUGCCCGAGAUGCAUUUUAAGACGCCCAAGAUCUCCAUGCCCGACAUUGACCUGAACCUGAAGGGCCCCAAACUGAAGGGAGACGUCGAUGUUUCCCUGCCCAAAAUGGAAGGUGACCUGAAAGGUCCCGAUAUUGACAUCAAGGGCCCCAAAGUGGAUGUGGAUCUUCCCGACGUGGAGCUGGAAGGACCCGAGGGGAAGAUCAAAGGCCCCAAGUUCAAGAUGCCUGAGAUGCACAUCAAGGCCCCCAAGAUCUCCAUGCCCGACUUUGAUUUGAACCUGAAGGGCCCCAAGGUCAAGGGAGACGUGGAUGUGUCCCUGCCGAGCGUGGAAGGGGAUCUGAAAGGGCCGAAGGUGGACGUGAAAGGCCCCGAAUUCGAUGUUUCCGCCCCAGAUGUUCAAAUCGAGGGCCCCGAGGGGAAGAUCAAAGGGCCCAAGUUCAAGAUGCCCGAGAUGAACAUCAAGGCCCCCAAGAUCUCCAUGCCUGACUUUGAUCUCAACCUGAAGGGCCCCAAACUGAAGGGGGACGUCGAUGUCUCUGUCCCCAAGCUGGAAGGUGACCUGAAGGCUCCUGAACUGGACAUCAAAGGCCCCAAAGUUGAUGUGGAUCUCCCCGACGUGGAGCUGGAAGGACCCGAUGGGAAGAUCAAAGGCCCCAAGUUCAAGAUGCCCGAGAUGCACAUCAAGGCCCCCAAGAUCUCCAUGCCUGAUGUUGACUUCAACCUCAAAGGCCCCAAGGUCAAGGGUGAUGUGGACGUGUCCCUUCCAAAGAUCGAAGGGGACCUGAAGGCUCCUGAACUGGACAUCAAGGGCCCCAAAGUGGACAUUGAGGCGCCCGAUGUCGACAUCCACGGCCCUGAGGGAAAAUUCAAGAUGCCCAAAUUCAAGAUGCCCAAAUUUGGUUUGAAGGGAGAAGGCCCCGAGGUGGACGUGAACCUCCCAAAGGCAGACCUGGACGUGUCCGGCCCCAAGGUGGACGUUGAGAUGCCGAGUGUGGACAUUGAGGGCCCCGAGGGGAAGGUGAAAGGCCCCAAGUUCAAGAUGCCCGAGAUGCAUUUUAAGACGCCCAAGAUCUCCAUGCCUGACAUUGACCUGAACCUGAAGGGCCCCAAACUGAAAGGAGACAUCGAUGUCUCUGUCCCCAAGCUGGAGGGAGACCUGAAAGGUCCCGAAAUUGACAUCAAGGGCCCCAAAGUGGAUGUGGAUCUCCCCAACGUGGAGCUGGAAGGACCCGAGGGGAAGAUCAAAGGCCCCAAGUUCAAGAUGCCCGAGAUGCACAUCAAGGCCCCCAAGAUCUCCAUGCCCGAUGUUGACUUCAACCUCAAAGGCCCCAAGGUCAAGGGUGAUGUGGACGUGUCCCUUCCAAAGAUCGAAGGGGACCUGAAGGCUCCUGAAGUGGACAUCAAGGGCCCCAAAGUGGACAUUGAGGCGCCCGACGUCGACAUCCACGGCCCCGAGGGAAAAUUCAAGAUGCCCAAGUUCAAGAUGCCCAAAUUUGGUUUGAAGGGAGAAGGCCCCGAGGUGGACGUGAACCUCCCAAAGGCAGACCUGGACGUGUCCGGCCCCAAGGUGGACGUUGAAGGUCCAGAGGUAGACAUUGAGGGUCCCGAAGGAAAACUGAAGGGCCCCAAGUUCAAGAUGCCCGAGAUGCACAUCAAAGCCCCCAAGAUCUCCAUGCCUGACCUCGACCUGAACUUGAAAGGCCCCAAAGUGAAAGGUGAUGUGGACGUGUCGGUGCCCAGUGUGGAAGGGGAGCUGAAAGGUCCCGAGGUCAACGUCACCGCCCCCAGCGUCACCAUAGACAGCCCCGAGGGAAAAUUCAAACUGCCCAAGUUCAAGAUGCCCAAAUUCUCCAUGCCCGGGUUCAAAGGGGAUGGCGUGGACGUGGACCUGGCCGUCCCCAAGGGUGACGUGGCCAUUUCAGGCCCCAGCGUGGACGUGGAGGCUCCUGAGCUGAGCGUGGACGGAAAAGUCAAAGGUCCCAAAUUUUCCAUGCCUGAGAUGCACAUCAAGGCCCCCAAGAUCUCCAUGCCCGACGUCGACUUCAACCUCAAAGGCCCCAAAUUGAAGGGGGACGUUGAUGUUUCCCUUCCAAAGCUCGAGGGUGACCUGAAAGGCCCCGAAAUUGACAUCAAGGGCCCCAAAGUGGAUGUGGAUCUCCCCGACGUGGAGCUGGAAGGACCCGAGGGGAAGGUGAAAGGCCCCAAGUUCAAGAUGCCGGAGAUGCACAUCAAGGCCCCCAAAUUCUCCAUGCCCGACGUCGACUUCAGCCUGAAGGGCCCCAAGGUCAAGGGUGACAUCGAUGUCUCUGUCCCCAAGCUGGAGGGUGACCUGCAGUGCCCAGACGUCGACCUCAAGGGCCCCAAAGUGGACAUCCAGGCGCCGGACGUGACCCUGGAAGCGCCCAAGGUCAAGAUGCCCGACAUUCACCUCAAAACGCCCCAGAUCUCCAUGCCCGACAUCGACCUGAACCUGAAGGGACUGAAGGUCAAAGGUGACGCCGACCUACAGGGCCCCAAGCUCGAGGGGGGUCUGAAGGGCCCCGAGGUCGACAUCAAAGGCCCCAAGGUCGACAUCGAGGGCCCGGCGGUCGACGUUGAGGGCCUGGAGGGGAAAGUGAAGCUGCCCAAAAUGAAAAUACCCAAAUUUGGCUUUAAAGGGGAAGGUCCUGACGUGGACGUGAACUUGCCGAAGGCUGAGGUGGAUCUGUCCGGCCCCAAGGUCGAUCUCAGCCUGCCAGAGGUGAAUGCUGGAGGUCUGGAGGGCAAAGUGAAAGGUCCUAAACUGAAAAUGCCCGAAAUGCACAUGAAUGUCCCCAAAAUCUCCAUGCCCGAGAUAGACUUGAACUUGAAAGGCCACAAAACCAAGGGUGGCUUUGACAUUUCCACCCCAAAGGUGGAAGGUCACCUGAAGGGGCCCGAGGUCAACCUCAAAGGCCCAGAAUUCGGGGUCAAAGGCCCCGAGGUUGACGUUGAAUGUCCCGACCUGAGCGUCGAGGGCCCCGAGGCCAACAUCAAAGUUCCCAAGUUCAAAAAGUCCAAAUUCGGGUUCGGGAUGAAAAGCCCCAAGGCGGAUGUGGAGCUACCUGAGGCGGAGCUGAGCGUGGAGUCACCUGAGGCCCACCUGUCCGGGAAGGGGAAGAAGAGCAAGUUCAAGAUGCCCAAAAUCCACAUGAGCGGCCCCAAAGUGAAGGGGAAGAAGGGCGCCUUCGACGUGAACGCGGCGGGGGCCGAGCUGGACGCGGAGCUGAACGUCACCGGCCCCGAUGUCACCGUCAGGGGCGACGCCGCCGCCAAGUCCCCCAAAGGCAAGAAGCACAUGUUCGGGAAGAUCUCCUUCCCCGACGUCGAGUUCGACCUCAAAUCCCCCCGGUUCCGUGGGGAGGCCUCGGCCGGGGCCCCGAAAGUUGAGGGCGAUCUGGAGGUCAAGGUCCCGGAUGUUGAAGGUCCCGAUGUGAACCUGAAAAGCCCCAAAUUCAAACUCCCCGGGGUCCAGGUGGGCGCGGGAGAGGUGAAGAUCGGGGGGGACCUGCAGGGCCCCGGCAUCGACGUCGCCGUCCCCUCGGUCGCGGCCCCGGAUGUCGACAUCAGCGUGAAAGGACCAAAAGUAAAGGGCGAAGUCGGCGUUGCCGGAGCACAACUGGAAGGUCCCGAGGGGAAACUGGGAUGGCCCCAGGGGGGGAAAACGGGCUUGGGGCUGGAAAUGCCGGACGUCAGCUCGGCCGUGGACGUGAAGCUCAAAGGGCCCCAAAUCUCCAGACCUGAGUUGGAGGGAAACCUGAAAGGACCAAAAUUGAAGGGAGAUUUGGACAUUUCGGGCUCGGUGGAAGGGCCUGGCGUCACCCUGGACGCGCCCGGCCUGGACCUCGGCGGCCUCGGGGGGAAGGUGAAGCUGCCCACGGUGAAGUCCCCGACGCUGGAGGUCCAGGGUGGCGUCCCCUGCUCCGUCCAGUCCCCGGGGGCCACCCUGGACCUCAAGGGGCCCUCGCUGGACGCCUCCGGCCUGGAUUUGGAUGUCAACCUGAAAGGACCAAAGUUGAAAGGAGACGUCGGCGUCAAAUCCCCCCAGGCGUCGGCAGAUGAUGCCGGUUUCGAAAUUUUGGGGGGCACCAUCAAACUCCCGUCCCUGAAGCUGCCCCAGUUCGGCAUCUCCAGCCCCAGCGUGAACGGAGGGGACGCGGGGGUCACUCUGGAGGGCCCCCAGGUCAAGGGGGGGCUGAAGGGCUCCGUUUCGGGGCUGGAAGGCCCCGAGGUGGAACUGAAAGGGCCGAAAUUCUCCGCGCCGGAUGUUGACCUGAGGCUGAAAGGACCAAACGUGGAGGUGGCCGGUGACAUCAAAGGGUCAAAGGUCAGCGUGGAAGCCCCUCGUGGGGGGGUGGGCGUCCACCUGGAGGCUCCGGCCCUGGAAGUGUCCGGGUCGGGGAUGAGCAUCAGCGUGAAAGGGCCGAAGGUCAAAGGUGGGGCCGAGGCGACGCCGCCAUCAGUGAGCGCCGGUUCCGGAACCUUCCACGCCUCCGGCCCCAAGGUGGCCACCGAGGGCGGCCAGGUCAAGGUGUCCUUCCCCAAGCUGCGGAUGCCGAAAUUCGUCUUCUCCGAGCCCGAGGCCAAGGGCCGCGAGGUCGGGGUGGACGUCGACUUCCCCGGCGCCGACGCGGCCGAGCCGGAGCCGGACGAGGCCGAGGCCAGGCUGAAGAAAUCCAAGCUGAAGAUGCCCAAAUUCAACUUCUCCAAGCCGAAGGGGCGGGGCGGCGGCGGCACCCCGGGCUCCCCCGAGGCGUCGGGGUCGGCGUCCGGCUCCAAGGGCGACCUGAAGAGCUCCAAGGCCAGCCUGGGCUCGGCCGAGGGCGAGCUGGAGGCCGAAGCGCCUGCGGCCAAGGCCAAGUUCUCGCUGUUCCGCAGCAAGAAGCCGCGGCCGCGCUCGUCGUCCUUCAGCGACGAGCACUCGGCCGAGCCGGACGCCUCCAGGCAGCCCAAGAGCAAAUUCGGGACCUUUGGGGGCAUCGGCUCCAAGGCCAAGGGGUGCUACGAGGUGACGGCCGCCGACGAGGACGCGGGCCGGGCGCCGGGGUCCCGCCUGUCCUCGUCCUCGUCCUGCGAGGGUGUGGCCCGGGCCGGGAUCCGCGCGCCCGGCCUGGAGCUGGCGGUCAAGCGCAAGGAGUGACCGCGGGGCGGGGGUUGUACAUAGGCCCGGACCCGGGGGCCCCCGCGUGUACAGAGAGGGGGAGCGCCCGGGGUCCCCCCCCCCCAAACCCAGAUUUUGGGGUUCUCCCCUUGCUGAGAGCUUCUUCACUUCUUCCCUCCCAAUUUAUCCCUUUUUUUUUUUUUUUUUUAAAUUUUUUUAUUGGGGUUUAUUUUGUGCCCCCGUUUUUUUCCCUCCUUCCACUCCCCUGCAAAAAUAUUUUCAGUGUUUGGUUGAUGGAAAUGAAAUUUUUUUUUUGUCUUCCCCCCCCACCCCAGUUUUAACUUUUUUUUUUUUUUU